AUGCAGGACUAUUUUUCUCUGGGCCAGAUUGGCCAGAUUGGCCUAUGUGACGCCUCAAGGAUCCUUUUCACCCUAUUCGGAUCCUACAUUGUUCUUCGCUUGAUGUACAAUCGCUACUUUCACCCCCUUCGUAACUUUCCUGGUCCGAUCUGGGGAAGUCUCACGGAUUUCUAUAAGCUGUACAUUGUGGCGCAAAAAGAUGCUCACACUCGUGGUAUUGAAAUGCACAAGAAAUAUGGCCCUAUCGUCCGAGUAGCUCCCAAUCUCCUGGCCUUCAGUGACCCUCUCCUCCUCCCCGUGGUCUACCAUCGUCGCGCAGAUAAGACCGAGUUCUACAGCACCGGCAUCCUUGGCGACAUCCCGCCCCCAUUCCAGACCCUCAAACACGAGGACCAUGCAGCCAAGCGCAAACGCAUCGCUCCGUCAUUUUCUAUGUCCAACCUGCGCCGUCUGGAGUCCGACAUGGAUGUUCGCAUCCUUGAGUUCUGUUCCACCUUGCGCACCAAGCAUGCCAAAACCGGCAACCCGCUGGAUUUCGCUGAGUAUGCGCAGUGGUUCGUCUAUGACCUAGUGACGCAGCUGGCAUUCGGCUCUCCGGUCGGCUUUGUGCGCGAGACGCGCGACAUUGGAGGGCUAAUCCAUCAUUUUCACGACAUGGCGCCGUUGGCGGGCUUCAUCGCGGCGUUGCCGUGGCUUGCUAAUCCGAUUUUCCAGAACCCCUUGUUCAAGAAAUUUUCGAUGCCGAAACCCGGGGAUAGUACUGGAACGGGGCAGAUUAUGAAGUUUCGAGAUGACAUGCUUGAACAUCGACUCAAAGACCGAUUUGCCGAAGGAUACGAUGAUUUCCUCUCAAAUCUGCUCAAAGCCCGCAACGAGGAUGGCAGCCUCAUGACCAUCGAAGAGAUCAAGACCGAAUGCUUUGUGCUCAUGGUCGCCGCAUCAGAUACUACCUCCGCCUUUAUCUGCCCAUUCGUUAACUACGUAGUGCAAAACCCACAGAUCUACCACUCCCUGAUGGAAGAGAUUACCACGUACGAGCGAAAAGGCCUGCUGUCGAACCCAGUGGUCACAUUUGACGAGACAAAUGCGAUGCCUUACUUCAUGGCCUGUGUCAAGGAAACGCUGCGCUACUCGCCUUCCACCCCCAUGAUCAUGCCCCGCUACAUAACCAAGGAUGGGAUUAAGGUGCUCAAUGAUACGUAUAUCCCCGGCGGAACGGAAAUGGGCGCCAACCCAUAUGUGGUUCAUCGGGACACGAAGAUCUAUGGCCAGGAUGCGCACUUGUUCCGACCUGAGCGAUGGUUGGAGGAUGAGGCGCGAUCAAAGGAGAUGGACAAGUAUCUUAUGAGUUUUGGGUAUGGGUCGCGCGUAUGUUUGGGGAAGAAUAUCGCUCAGCUGGAGACUCAAAAACUGUGCUGCCAGCUGUUCCGUGACUUUACGAUUGACAUCGUAGAUCGCAACAAUCCUUGGGAGGCGAAUAACUUGGCCAUCAUGGUCUUUGCCAAGCAGUUUCUUCGGAUCAGUGAGCGCACAGCUACCUCGAUAUCCAUUUGA